AUGAAAGAACGCUGCAAGUCAUGGAACGUCCUAUUGUUGACAUCUGUCUGUAUGAUUAAGUUCGCGGUGAGCACCUCACAUGAGAGGCCAACUGUUCAUACGAGCCUUGGUGUCGUCGUUGGUCAACGCAUCACUGUUGGUGGCCGCGACGUCGACGAAUUCCUUGGGAUACCUUAUGCAGAGCCGCCUUUAGGAGAGCUACGUUUCAGGAAGCCUCAACCGGUACGAGCAUGGAAUGGUACGUUCAACGCUGUCACCAAGCCGUUGGCAUGCAGACAAUUCGAGAUUGAAUAUCCCUUUUUUGGUGAAAAUUUCACCCGAGACCAUACCGUCAACUCUGAGGAUUGUUUACACCUUAAUAUCUGGAGGCCCGCAACAACCCCAGGGCAGUGUUCGGGUAAGCCGACGUGUGACGCUAUCUUACCCGUUGUUGUUUACAUUCAUGGCGGCGGGUUUCAGGCAGGAGACGCCACGACCUUUUUGUUCGAUGCUUCGAAUUAUGUGGCGUUAGAAAAUGUUGUUUUUGUUACCUUUCAGUACAGACUAAGCUAUCUUGGAUAUCUGACCUCGGAAACGCCGGAUCUUCCAGGAAAUCUUGGCUUGUGGGACCAGAAUUUGCUUCUGAAAUGGGUGCGAGACAAUAUCGGGUAUUUUGGCGGGAAUCCAAAAGAAGUCACUCUGGUAGGACAGAGUGCUGGAGGAAUUUCAGCUGUAUUUCAUUCUAUUUCGUCGCAUAGCAGCGGCCUCUUCAAGCGAAUUAUUCUGCAAAGCGGAUCGCCAUUUAAUAUGAACCUGUUCGGAAACCGUCGGGCGCUUUUCAUACAAGUAGCAAGAGCCACGGAGUGCUAUGAUGAACAGAAAGACGAAAAGACCCAGGUGCCUGACAUCGUCGCCUGCUUAAGAAAUCUCGACGCAGAGAUACUACACUCCAAGGUUAUGACAAUUGACUACAAGAACCAGCCUUUUUUCCCCGUAGAUGACAAUGAUUUCUUCAUGAACGAUCCCUUUUCCCUGGAAACCUACAAAAAGCUAAACGUGACGGAGAUACUGACCGGUUCCGUUUUAAGCGAGGGAAGCCUAUUUUUGUACAACCUCUUGGAGAACAAGCCACAGGUCAGAAACGGAUUACACAUUGACUACAGGGUAGCUGCAGCUCUCGUGGUGUCCGCAGUGUUUGACCUUCCUUUAACCACCUCGAGGCAAAUGGCUAAAGUUUACCUGGGAGACUACGACGUGGAAUAUGAUACGGAUACGGUGCUCAAGAAAUUCGCCCGAAUGGUCGGGGAUUCGUUGUUUGACUGUCCUACCAACGUGCUCGCCGACAUGGCCGCCUCACAAGGAAUUCCGACCUACAAAUACUCCUUCGCUCACAAGCCGUCCUUCGACUUUUGGCCCGACUGGAUGGGUGUGACGCAUGCAACGGAUUUGCCUUUUACGAUGGGCUCUCUUCCGUUUAUUACGGACCUUUCCAAAAGCGGAGAACAUUUCACAGAAGAAGCGAGGAAACUUCUAGCAAAUGUCACGUAUACUGAGGAGGAGAAGGAAUUUAUGAAGCAAGUCGUCGGAGCUUGGUCAGCCUUCGCCAAGAAAGGGUCAGUAUUAUAUUUUUAUUACGCCGUUGACAUCGUGUGUGCUUUUGUUUGUCGUUCGAUUGCAUAUAAAAAUGCUUAG